UUUAGAUGUCGAAGCGGAAAGACGCGUUUUGCUCACGUCCUCUUAUUUGCCGGUUAUUCGGAAAAUCGCAAUCGCAGUUAUCGGAUGAAUCUACACAAUCGCACUGAUAAUUCAAUUGGCCAAAAAUAAAAAUAACACAAAGCGCAGAUCCGAAAGAUACGACAAAAAAAACCUGACGGAUUGCGAAUUUGUUUAUAUGCCGUGGCUGCGUUCGUGUGCGUGUGGGUAUCUGUGUGAGCAGCGCGUGUAAACAAAUGAAAAAAACGAAACGAGCGGUGUAUCUUCGGCUCUGAUAAGCUGACAAGUUUGAUAAAAGCCCAACACAUAGUUGUUAACAGCUAGGAAAACACAAGUGCUACUGUAUAAGAAAGAAAAGAAAAACGACCCCCUCCCCCUUUUCGCUUAAAGGAAACCCAAACAAAUCGCCGGCUAGUGGAAGCGAAAAGUGAAAUUCAAGAUACAACUGUAAAUACGGCGGAAUUAUUGGAAAAUAUACAUAAUAUCGGCGAUAUCGCUGCAAAUUAAAGCCGUGAAAAAUUCGCUGAAAACAACAGCAACAUCAACAACAACAACAAGCAAUUAUUGUGUAAAGUAUACGACUAAAAUCUUAUCGGUGUGCGAUCGUUGUUGUUAUUAUGGUUCUAUAUGCUGGUUAGUUGAGUUGUUGUUUUUGCCAUAGCCGGCGUCGCGUCGGUGUUAGUGUGUCGGUGUGUUUGUGUGCAAACGAGUUUGCAAAAAAAAAGGAAAAAAAUAUUGCAGUUACGGUGGCAAGUGUUGCAGAUACACCAGCAGCAACAACAACAAGUUAGCCAGAAACCAACACAAAACCAGCCACAAAAAAUAUUGGGAAAUGCAUUCAUAAAUGAGUCGAGAUAAAUUAAAUCCAAAUGAAAGUGCUGAAAUUAAAUAAAUUUUAAGUAAAUAAGAAACCGAAAAUACCACAAUUUAAUAACGAGCGUGUGCAAAAAGUGUAGAUUAAUUAGCUCUAUAAAUAUAUAUAUUAACCGUAUAUAGGUCGGAAAAUCCCAGCGCGAGUGCUAAAAUGCUGUCCGUCACAGCAUCGGUCAUCGUCGGGAUGCCUAAAUCUCUCUGAAAUCAAAAUUAAACCAAUCAAAAUAUAUAUCUAUCUGUCUGUCUAACUAACCAGCCAGCAUAGUAAUUCAAAUCAAAUCAAAAUUGCAUCAAAACCAAUCUCAAAUUGUUGUCCGAUCAACAGUUUGAGCAAAUAUCUUCUUCGACCCCAUCAAACAUUAAGAAACGGCCUCAAAACGGAGUCCCUAGAGUUUUUGCGCUGCGAGGAAGAGGAUUUCGAGAUGGAUAUCCUACCGAGUGGCAAUAUCUUCAAUGAGCUGGAGCGGAUCUGCACCACCGGCUACUUCUCAUCACAGCCGUCGAUCGAGGAUCAAUGGCAACAGACCUGCUACGAACUGGAACGCUAUCUCCGGGAUGAGCCGAAGCUGCAGAAGAAGAUACACAGCAACCUGGACAACGCCUGGGACAUAUUCUCCACACCCGCCCGCCUGCUCGAGGAGCUGAAGAUCAAGGAGCAGCACCUGGACACGAUCUCGACGACCUCCUCGGUCUCGUCCAACUGCUCGGGGAUCUCCUGGGACAGCAAUGGCUCCCAGGCGCUCAGUUGCUCGGUGCUGGUCAAGCAGGAGCGGAUCGACGAGGAGGACGACGAGGUGGGCGUGGCCUGUGAUGACAAGCUGAGUGUCCUGCUGGCGGCGCCGCCCUCGGCCAUUUCCCCCAAUCCCAGCAUCGGCAGUGCGGGCAACAUGACGCCCACCAGCAGCAGCAAUAGCAUAAGCAACAGCAAUAGUAACAUCAUCAGCAACAGCAACACCAGCAGCAGCAGCAACAUCAUUGCCAGUCCGCUGAGCAGUCUGGGCAGCGGCAGCACCAUCACAGUGAGUUCCCGCAACAGCUCGGCGCCGGGCAUCAAGGUGCGAGUGGUCCAGGCCAAGAGCCAUCCGGGCAGCAGUGCGAGAUUGCACCUGGGGCAUGUCCAGGACUUUGUGCUGCCCACCCUCACGCCCCCCUCAUCGCCCGAGUCCAGCCUGCGUAGCCACAACUAUGCCCAGCAGCUGGAGGCCAGCGAUCUGGCGGCACUGAUACAGCAGCAACAGCAACAGCAGCAGCAGCAGCAACAUCCACAGCCCAGCAACACAUCCACACCCGCUACAGCAAUCCUGCGAUUCACCAGCCAGAGCAAUCCCACAAUGACGCAACUGCAGCAGCAGCAACAGCAGUUGGCCGUCCAGCACUUGAGCAUAUCGCCACAGGCCCUUGGCCACAGCAGCAGCAGCAGCAACAACAACGGCAGCAACUCGCCCAAGAGCACCAGCAGCAGCAGCAGUAGUAGCAGUAGUAGCAGCAGCAGCAGCAGCAGCAGCAACAGCGACCAGCCGACACACAGCAACAUUCCGCGCAGCACCAUCGUCCGCCUCACAACGGCCAACGGCAAGCCAGGGGCAGCUGGCAUCAGUCUAGCCCGCGUCAUCCAGAUGCAGAACAACGGCAAUGCCAAUGUGGCAGCCGUACUCAGUGCAGCGGCCAACAGCAGCAGCAGCAAUAGCAACACCAGCGGCAGCAGCAACACCAGCAGCAACAGCAACACGGCGACACAGCAGCAACAGGUGCUCUCGCAAAGGGCUGACAAGCCAUCGAAUGGCUCCUCGAAAUCACAUCACCCGCGCCAACAUCACAGCGAUCACAGCCCGGACGCCAAGAGACGGAUACACAAGUGCCAAUUUCUGGGCUGCAAAAAAGUCUACACGAAGAGCUCACACCUGAAGGCCCACCAAAGAACGCACACAGGUGAGAAGCCGUACAAGUGCUCCUGGGAGGGCUGCGAAUGGAGGUUCGCGAGGAGCGACGAGCUGACCCGCCACUACCGCAAACACACGGGCGCCAAGCCGUUCAAGUGCCGCAACUGCGAUCGCUGCUUCUCGCGGUCCGAUCACCUGGCGCUCCACAUGAAGCGCCACAUGUGAGGCGAGAUCUAAGCAGGGAGUGCCGGAAAAGCCGAGAAAUCCGGAGG